ACAGGGUGGUAGCUGCGUAGAGAGAGAGAGAGGGAGAUUCUCAGGGGCAAUAAAAGUUACUGAAAGAUCUGAGAGCCUCAGGCAGGAGCUACAGUGGGAGUGAGCAGAACGAGUGGGGGGAGAGAGAGAGAGAGAAAUGGCUUGAGAUCUCUAUUUACUCUUUGUGCCCUUUUAGCUCUGUUUCCAGGGUUUUUUUUUUGGAUGGAGAUUAGGAGGAGGGGGAGAGCUGGGUUGGUCUCAAACUUGAAUAAAUUGGCUCUCCUUUGCUUUGUCUGUGUGCUUAUCUUCUCCAUCUGUGCUCUGUUCUCUACUGUGUGCCAUGGGAGAGCUUGUUCAGAGAGUAGAAGCUCAUCUAUAGAGUAUUCUCAUAAUCAGAUGUCAAAUUCAAGAAGACGACUAAGCGUUGGAGGACCAGGUUCCUAUCCUCCCCGGUGCUCAGGCAAAUGUGGUGCCUGUAAACCGUGCUUCCCUGUGCACGUGCCGGUUCCUCCUGGCACGCCAGUGAUUACCGAAUACUACCCUGAAGCCUGGAGGUGCAAAUGCCGCAACAAGCUCUACAUGCCCUAAUGAGCUUAUACCCGGAUGUGCAUUAUUCGUUGUGGAAAUUGCUUCUUGUGUUGCUACCAAAUUAUUGAAUCUUGUGAGCUAAAAUUGGAAGGCAUAAGGCAAUGAGAGGGGGCCAAGCUUGCAUGUGGCUUGUGUUGUCACCACUGCAUCAUUGUUCACAUGUACAAAUUUUUCUACCGUAUGAGAGGAGUUUGUAGAUGCAUGUCUAUACGAUCAUAUAGUGUUUUUGAUGACUGGUAGAAAUUUGUGUAAUUUUUUUGUUGUCCUAAGAGUUAUGCAUGUCGUAGCAUGCUUUAAGCUUGUUUUGUUAAUUAUUUGGGACAGUUUCGGUUGAUUGGAUCUGAUGUCUUUAUUCCCUGUCU